GCAGCCGGUCUGAUAGGGCGGGGUGAUUGGUGAUUGGACGCGCAGGAGGCAGUCAUGGCUGAGCUGGAGAAGGUCCCGCUGGUGGAUAUAGACCCAGACGGCACCUUCAAAUAUGUGCUGAUACGAGUCAGCUACAGAGAGGGGCUGGAAGACCACAGGGACAUCGUGAGGGGAUACGGCUGGGCGGAGUACCACGCUGACAUCUAUGACAGAGUGGCCUCGCAGAUUGAGAAGGGCCGCGUGCUGGACUGUGAGUGCCUGGGAGGAGGCCGAAUUUGCCAUUCCAGUGGCAGCAAGAAGAUCCAUAUCUAUGGCUACUCCUUGGGUUUUGGUCGGGCCAAGCACUCUGUAUCUAUGGAGCUGAUCAAGACAAAAUAUCCAGACUAUGAGGUCACCUGGUCAGAUGAAGGAUACUAAUGAGACUUCCAAUGACCCUACAGGACUCCAAGGCAUGGCGUUGCUGGUCUGAGGCCAGAACGGCACAGGAGAUUUUAGGCUUCUGCUACUCCUCGGUGAUUACCCACAUGGUGGACACUUCAUAUUUUUUGCUCCCCAUUGUUACAGUGGUUUGUAGAUGAGGUCAUUCUCAUUACAGGUUAACUCGCACGGUAAUAUAAAAUUAAAGUAACAUUCCAGCCUAACACUAACUAGUCUUAAAAAUGUUCUCUCCCCUUCUGCCACCUAUACAGCCUGACCUAUGGUAAAAAAAAAAGUCUAUACUUACUUAUUUUCAGUCUGCUCAUUUUAGGACUAGUGAUCCCCUGUGUUAUUGAGUCUACAGGAGAAUGAAGGGAGCACUCUACAAGGAGCUGUGACAUCCCUCAUAGGCUCCCAUGUCCAGGCUGUUGUCUGUGCUCCAUCCUCUGAGAAGAUGGAGCUGGUAAUCAUGUGACUGGCCCGAAGCAGGCUCAAAAUAGGUAAGUACACAGACCUUUUUUGCUUAGGUUUGGUAGCAGAAAGGGGGGGAAACAUUUUUAAGAUUAGUUGGUGUUAGGCUGGAAUUGUACUUUAAAGGAUAAGUUCACCUUUUUUAAGUACAGUAUGUUUCACCUAUAUUUAGGGUGUAAUGUGUAACAUGCUCCAGACCUGCAAACCACCCACCCACGCCUUGUGACAGCGGGAAAGGGCUCCUCGCCUCGCAUCUCCUGCCAUAUUUUGAAAAUGGCGUGGCUGUGUGGGUCUCUGCCAGCCCAGCUGCGUCAUUCACUCACCGGAAUCCGCGAAUGAGAAAACUACAAGUUACGUCUGCCACUAUGGCAGAUGGCUUGUAGUUCUCAGUGGGCCAUCAGCUUGCUGAUUAGCACACUGAUAAUCCAUUCACACUACCCACAGCUCUGUAACGGAAAGUCCAUACAGAGAACCGAGCUAAAGACAGUGUGUGAAGGAGCCUGACAUUAUAAUUGCAAUUUGCUGAGGCUCCUGUGAAAAAAAAAUUAAAUAAUAAAUGCACAUUUUUUCAUUCAAAAAUAUAUGCAUUUAUUUAAAAAACGUGAACUUGUCCUUUAAAAAAUACUGUACUGUACUAAUUGUAGAAGCAACAAUUGCUGACUUGUUUGUUUAAAAUUCUUAAUUCCUGGCUGUCAUACUGAACUGAAUAUGGAAUUCAGAAAUUCUUAUCUCAGACUUUCUAAUCUGCAUGUUUACUCCAAGCUGGCAACUACAAAAAUUUUGAAGCAAAAGAUAACUAGAAUUUUUAGACUGAAGUCGGCAAUGGAAACCUACUUUGUUUUUCUCGGGUAGGUUUACUAAUAUUUACUGUGGUCAUAUUGAAUAUGGAAUACAGAAGCCUAUUGAGUGUAGGCCUUCCUUCUGCCCACAUAAGGAUAAUGUAUUUUCACAUAGUUGUAUGAUGGUGUAUAAUUUGCCUGAACAAUGGGAAAGCCAUUUUAUUGGCUGAACAUUCAAAAUUACUCAUAUUUGUGAUUGCCAAAGUACCACUGCAGACUAAAACCUGGCAAAAACAGUUAGUGUUUUUUUUUUUGUUUUUUUUGUUUAGCCAGCAGGCUGAAUGGGGAAAAAAAA